ACAGAUCACAGCACGUCUUCAGUCACUCAGGCGGUCUCCGUUUGAAUAGCCGGGGAAGUGAGAGCCAAAGACCUCGGCUUACUACCGCGCAGCCAAGGAAACACAGCAAAAACUUUGCCCCAAAUCCCCCGACUCAGGGAGGGGUUGAGACGCAGGAGAAAACCGCUAACAAAAGCAUUCUUGGCUUUCAGGAGGAAAAGAUCACUACUGCUAGGUCAUAGACUGCUUCUGAUCUAAAUUCAAGGAGAUAGGCGUAACGAAGUGGCGUCUUGCCUCACUGCAUUAGAGAACGUUGGUCGCGUUUUUUGAGAGCCGCAGUCGGCUGACGUACACAUUCCGAGACCUUACAAACGUUUUAAAAAAGAAGCAAUAUGAGGACGAAAACGGGACUCCUGUGGACUCUUUUUGUGUUAGGUCUUCACCUGAGGCUAACACAUGCUGAAAACAGUCAGGCAAUGACCAUAACUUCUACAGCUGUCAAGGAAAAUUCACACAGCACCACCUCUGCUACAAUAGCUCCUGUUACUUCUAACCCUGCCACCCCUGCCACAACUGCUACCCCUGCCACCACUGCCACAACUGCUACCCCUGCCACCACUGCCACAACUGCAACCCCUGCCACCACUGCCACAACUGCAACCCCUGCCACCACUCCCACAACUGCUACCCCUGCCACCACUGCCACAACUGCUACCCCUGCCACCACUGCUACAACUCCUACCCCUGCCACCACUGCUACAACUGCUACCCCUGCCACCACUGCUACAACUGCUACCCCUGCCACCACUGCUACCCCUGCCACCACUGCUACCCCUACAACCGCUGCUACCCCUACCACCGCUGCUAGCCCUACCACUGCUGCUAGCCCUACAACCGCUGCUAGCCCUACAACCGCUGCUACCCCUACAACCGCUGCUACCCCUACCAGAGCUGCUACCACUAUCAACACUGCUACUACAGCUACCUCAAAAAACAAGAAAGAAGGUAUUACUGGAAUCCCCAAUAGUUCAACAGUGCGGCAGCAGUCAUCCCAAGGACAAACUAGCGAGCCAUCUUCUACCACUUCCUCUUUUCAUGCAGUUUUACCUCCAAUGUCAAGGGAUGCAACUAGUCAAAGCUCAACCAUGAAGUUAUCAGCCACACCUGACAGAAGCACAUCCACAAUUAGUACCCCUACUGAUAAUAAUGUAUUCAGUUCCAGUACUUCAGGGAGCACUAAUCAAGAGAGUUCCACUACACAUACUUUGGAAGCAUCCAAAAUAACCAGCCAAAGCACAGACCUCACAAAAAAAGAAUCAAGAGUACCCUUCCCAUGUCAUUCUUCAACAACUGCAUUUACAGUGUCCCAACAAAGAACAUACAAUCUCAGCAUAAAAGAAUUCAUUCAGACAUAUCCACAUCCAGGAAAUCAAGAUCAGAAUCAGUCAGACAUUCUUUUCAAAGUUUGCAUGGAGCACUUUAAAGAUUUUGCAGUAAUUUCGUGCACUCUGCAAGGAACUGAACAAAAUGGUCAACACAAUUUCACCUCCGUGACAGCAAAAGUUGAUCCAUCAUUGGUACAAGAAAUCUAUGAAAACAUGAAAAGGGAAGGGCAUAAGGAAAUCCCCACUCUGAUCAUCAUCCUGGCCUCAUGUGGUGGCCUGGUGGCCAUUCUUCUUGCUUUUGCUGUGUACUGUACCUGCCACCGCAGGUCCUACAGGAAGAACCAGCUACAGCAACACCUAACUGAAGAGCUGCAGACGGUGGAGAAUGGUUACCACGACAAUCCUACUCUGGAGGUGAUGGAGGUGCAGCCGGAGAUGCAAGAGAAGAAAUUGCCACUGAACGGCGAGUUUAACGACAGCUGGAUGGUGCCCUUGGACAACCUGGUCAAAGAGGACCUACCUGAUGAGGAGGACACUCACCUAUAAAGGAUGUUAUCCCAGCCUAUUGACAGCUACCAGGACAUCAUCCAGGACCAAUCAGAAUGCAGAGAUGACACAGACUGCUAUAAAGACUGCCAAUAAGCCAAGCAGUAAUUGGAAAGUAUUAUUCACAAUUACAAAACAUAUUUAAAUGCUGGGUGAAAACCCCAUAGUGGGAAAUCUUUUAAAAGGACUAAAUUUAAAGGGACUGUCCAGUUGGCAUAACACUAAUAUGUUGGACUCUUAUCUCUUUAAAGAACUCUCAACAUCUGAGAUUUUUUCAACAUUGUUUCAAAGAUUUUAAGGCAUGUUUCAUGCUCUGAAACAGUUAAUUUCACCUUACUGUUGACUUCUAAUGCUUGAAAGGAACAUAUACUGCUUCUAAGUUAAAAAAAAUAGAACUAGACCUAUGGAUAUAUACCGAUUAUCCUGGUAUUUUAGAGUACAGUCCUAACUGAAUCACCAUAAGGCUAGAUUUUAAGGCACAUGCACAUGUAUUCAUAAACCCACAAAAAUGGGUUUCAAUUCACCUUGUUACUUGUACUCCUUGAGAAGACUGUACAGCACCUAUUUUGUGUCUUGUCAUUACCACAUCUGGAUUGACUAUAUUCACGCUAGACUGAGACCUAUGGAUAAAUAUUGAUCAUCCUGGCAUUUGCAACUGCAAACCUAAUUCAGUCAUGGUGACAGCUGCGACAUAAGUCACAGUCAUAACUUUACAAUUGCAAAGCACUUCACAACAGAACAGCACACAACAUUAAAUUAUCUAAUUUUUGACAAAUGUUCUGACAGGGUCUUGACCAGAGGGUGCUUUGUUUUGUAUAUAAGCUGUUAUUUUUAACUUGUUUGAACAGUAUACAGCCAUUUCGAUGGUGGUUGCAACUGAGUUUUUUUUUCCCCACAAGCUUUUAUUGAAAUAUUUAAACUGCCCAAUGUUGUUUAGAGACAACAGCUUUUAGUACACUCCUGGCAUGCUCCAGGAAUGUGGUUUUUAGGAAUCUUCUUCUGCGUCCUUUCAUUUUUACAGAUACAAGUAUUUUGUAAAUAUUUCAUGUGUUAUAUUAAACUUAGUUUGCCGGUGAAGGCAAGCAACAGGGGUCUGAUACACUGGAAGCCACUACUGUUGAUAUAUUUUUGAUUAUUUCACUUCUUUUGCCAAGGAAUCAAAUGUCUAUAUAAAAUAAAUGUUUCACAAAUGUC